AUGCUUCCUCUUGAAGGAUAUUCUGGUACUGCAGCAGCCAAGGGUCAUCCUGAGCAGGUUUGCAAACUUUAUGAUAUCCUCGUAAUAGGGAAUGAUUCUAAGCUCAUAUCAAGCUUAGUUGCUAACUUGAAUAGCAAAUUUGCUCUCAAAACUCUUGGAACAGUGCAGUACUUCCUGGGGUUUGAGGUAAAGAGAAAUGAUUUUGGUUUACUGCUGUCCCAGACCAAAUAUGCACAUGAUCUUCUCCUUAAGGCAGGAAUGGCAGAUUCGAAGCCUUGUUCCACUCCCAUGGCUACUGGUCUUCGACUUGGCAAGGAGGAUAGUAAGGUGUUUGAACAACCUACACUGUAUAGAAGUGUCAUUGGUGGACUUCAAUAUCUGACACUAUCUCGGCCAGACUUAGCUUUUGUUGUCAAUAAGCUCAGUCAAUUUUUGCAGCAGCCCAUUGAAGCUCACUGGACAGCAUGUAAAAAAAUCCUUAGAUAUGUCAAGGGAACAUUGCAGCAUGGUAUUCUUUUUACCAAGAAACAGCCCUUUACUUUAGAAGCAUUUUCAGAUGCUGAUUGGGCUAGAGAUGAAAUUGAUAGGAGAUCCACCAGUGGGUACAAUGUAUUUUUUGGAGGUAACUUGGUCCAAUGGUCAUCUAGAAAACAGAAGGUAGUGUCCUUAUCUUCUACAAAAGCUGAAUACCGAUCUCUUAGUCAAACAGCCACUGAACUUGUUUGGAUUCAGAACUUAUUCAAGGAACUUGGCAUUCAUAUAAACAACACUCCCAUCAUAUGA